UCAUUCCAGAUCUGCUGGACAGGCACAAUGAGAGUUCAAAGGCGACUUGUUUUCCCUCUGCUUCUUCUGGCUGCCCUCUGUUCUACAGGUGUUAGCCUCAAAUGCUACAGCUGUUUAGAUCCAGUUUCCACAUGCAAAAUGAAUACCACUUGUUCAGUUAACCUGGAUUCCUGUCUCAUCGCUAUAUCUGGAAGGGAAAUCUAUCAACAGUGUUGGAAAUUUUCAGAAUGCGAUUCCAUGUCAAUUUUGGACCGAUUAGACCUGACAAAUGUACAGUACAGAUGCUGCCAGGUGGACAUGUGUAACAAAAAGCUCAAAGAAGAAGAAAUCAAAGAAAAUCAAGAGGCAAAUAACAGGCCAAAAGAUAAAGCAACCUCCUUAUCUAUGAAGACUGCGUUGCUGGGGACCUCAGUUCUGGCAGCUGUCUGGAAGCUGUGUCUCUAAGUUACCACUGAGCCCCAGAGCACCUCUGUUGUCUUAUCUUUUUUGCUGCAGCUGCAGCACUCCAAAGCUGUUAUUGUUUUCCAUUAUAUGCUUUUGGGGAAAAAUAAAGUUCAUUUGAACAUCAUG